CAUGUGGUUUUCUGAGGUAUCGGCUUCUUUUAAAUAUUCGCGUUAAAUAUUUUCUUUAGAUUUUCUGCAAAUUAAAAACUUGCAGAAAUAUUAAGAUACCGUGUUUUUAAUUUAUAAAAAAAACAACUCGAAUUCUUUAAGUGAAUUGUUAGAAUUUUAUUUUCACCUAAAUAGUGAUAAAAAUUAAGUAGGAUUACAAUGAAUAGGAGAGCAUCGAACCGUCACAAUCCCUUUAAAGAUGGACAAUCUAAUCAAGGGAAUAAUCAGCAAAAUGAGUUUCAGCAUGAAUAUAGAAAUGCCUCUCAAUCCCAAAAUAGGUCAUUCAAUGGACCAUCUAGUAGUUCAUUCAAUGGAGCUGGAGCUAGUAGUUCAUUCAAUCAUGGUAAACGAAAUUUUCAGCAUAAUAAUGAUUCUCAACAAGAACCCCAACGUUCACCUUUUUCUCAGAAUAACAGAUCAUAUAAUGAGUCAAGCGCCAACAACUCAACACCCUCACCCCAACAACAAUCAACACCUCGUACUGGACCCUGUGUUCUGUGUAAAUCUGCUACGGUUUUGAUUUGUUCACGUUGUGGUGACUUUUAUUGUUCACCAACCUGUCAAAAGAACGAUUGGCAAACUCAUCGAUAUAUUUGUUUUCCUAUGCCUAAACUGGUUUCUAGUUCGACUGAUAUUUAUCAAAAUGUUCCAGCACUUAAUGGAUACCAGAAUCGCGAGUUGCCUGAAACAUUUUUAGAUACUCAAAAUAUUCAAUCCCAAAACAAGAAAUGGGUUAGCAAUAGUUCUCCAACGCACUCUUUAAAAAAUAAUCAACCACAGCGACAACAAAAUCAACAACAAAGGAAUCAACCUCAACCACAACCACAUCAAUCAAAUCAACAAAACCAACCAAUUGCACAACAACAUCAAAAUCAGAAUCAACGACAACAGAAACAAAAUCAAAACGACCCAAAACAAAACCGUCCAAAUCCACCAAAAUCAUCGUCAUCUGUAAAUGGCUCCGAAAAAGCCUACGAUCCCAAUGACAUGAUCAAGGCUACCAAUAUUGGAAAAGUUGAACAAGUCGCAUUCCCCAAGAGCAACAGUUUAAUUAAACUGACAGCGAUUCGAAGCUCCAAUCGUGUAUUUUUACGAUCCCUAGAAAAGGCUGAAAACGAAGGUUACUUAAAUGUCCUAAAGGCCAUAAACGAAUAUGGCCGUAAUGCGAGUCCAUUAAAAGUAAUGCCAACUAAAAAUGCAUUUGCCAUAACGAAUUUCGGUUCCGACGGUAUCUUUUAUCGUGUUCAAGUGGUUUCAGCAAAAGACGAAGAUCAUAUACAUGUAAUUUAUUUUGAUUUCGGCAACGAAGGUACCAAAAAGUUGAGCGAACUAAAAGAUAUUUCAAUGGAAUGUGCAGCCCUCAAACAGUACAUCGUAAUGGCUACAUUGAAAAAUGUCCCAUUUGUAAGGGACAAUCCUAAAUUAUUAGAAUACAUGAAAACAUUUGAGGAAAGUGAUGGCAAGAUUGUGUAUAAUGAUAGGGAGAAGCCAUCGUGCGAUAUAAUUUUCGAUGGAGUUGAGGAUAGUUUUAAUAAGAAAAUCAAUGUUUAUAUUCAAAAGACUAAAAAUGAACCUGCUGAAGAGCAAGAAAGGUUGCCAAAGCCGCAGCAGCCAAAAGCACAGCAGGAAGAGGAACGAAAGCCGAAACCAGAGCCAGCUAAAAAGGAAAUGAAGCAAACUGAACCAGAAGUGGUGGUUAAACAACCUGCAACUUCUAAACAACAACCUAGGAGCCGGCCGUCGCAGUUCGCCAAAGCUGUAAUGAUUCCGCCAUUUGAACAAAUAGUUUUGCCAAUUAAGGCAACAAAUCUGGAAGUUAUGAUUGUUGACAACUCCCUGAUGCAUUACAAUUGUUUUGGAUGCGUUUUGUUGGAAGACAAAGCCAAUUUGCAAGAAAUUCAAAACUAUUUGGUUGAGUAUGAAGACACUGGACGUGAAUAUAAACCUAAAAUUGAAGAAUACUGUUUGGCUAAAUAUCAAGAUGGUUGGUAUCGUGCUAAGGUGCUAGAGCUUUUAUCAGCGGAAGUUGUUGAAGUCGUAUUUAUUGAUUUUCUAAAUGAAUCGGAAGUUUUCAUCAAGGACAUUAGACGAUACCCAAUGGACUUAGAUUUACCGUGCAAGACGACGUUGUGCAUAAUUCAAGGUCUUCCAAAUGAACUAACUGAGAAACAGGUUGAAUACUUGAAGGACAAACUACAACCUGGCAGCCAACUUAAAAUUAAUGAAGUCGUGGAGAAGCAUCCCGAUGGCAGUGAUAUUGCUGUGUGUAGGAUAAACCAAGUCACACAGUGGUUAGCAGAAGAUAAACCAUAAAUUAUGUCGUAAUUUCUUUUUUAAAAAUUAAUUUUUUAUCACGUAUGUAUAAUGUAAGUGUUAGCCUUUUGCAUUGAAUGCAUUAUUGUGUUCGUAUUAAAUGCGAAAAAUAAUAUUAUGUUUUUUUUUUUGCAUAUAAUACCAAAAUGUCUCUAUUUUCACAUAAAAAUAUAUAAUAUGUAUGAAAAAUCAUAAACAAA